AUGGUCGAUGAACCGAUGUUGCCAGUUGAGGAGCACAUCAAACAUACCGCGAUGCGUGAGAGCGAGGGGACCAGCAAUCAUCGAGAAUAUGAUGUACCACCGCAAAUAGAGCGGGGAUAUCUGGACCGCAUUUUGACCAUACUUUUGGGCAACAGUUGCGCGAAUUCCAGCUCGACAGGCCUCAACGCGACUCAUAUUAAAACUGCUGAUGAAGACUAUAACAGUGAUCCUAACAUUGACGACCACUUCUGGUCCCAGCGCUUAAAAGACGAAGACGACCUGAUUGCUGAAGCUGUGUUAGCAUUUGCUGCAAACGUCCAAACACGUAUCAGCUAG